AUGUCGGAAAUAUUGAUGGAAGAAGAAGAAGAGGAGGAGGAGAUCGUCUACGAUGUUGCGAACAUUGAAGAGAUUCGACAUUUCGACAUUGGAGAUGAUGUGGAUCCGCAAGAAAUCGCUGCCGAAGAUGUUGAAGUAUGGGAUACGCAAAAGAAACGAGUUGGGCGAAAAAGAGGAGCAGAAGUUAUUCCAAUUGUAAGAAGACAACCGCCGCGUGAAGCGAGAGUCAAGAGUUUUCAACAAUUCGAGCAAUUUGAUGAUAAUGAGAUGGAAGAAGAAGAUGAUGAAGAAGACGAGGAUGACGAUGAACUUGGAGAGGGAACUUCGAAAACAUGGCGAGUAUUUGUGCGAAACGAUGGAUCUGGUAUGCAUUUUGAUUGGCCAAUUUAUAUGGAAAAUGCGAUUUCUCUCAAUUCCGUAGUUUCAAUCAUAUCAACUAGAGCUGCACUUGUCCCAGAGGUUCACAUUUGUCAGUCAAUUCCUCAAGAAUAUACAAAUACUGGCACAUUUGUAGUUAAGCUUGAAGGAAAUAUGGAUAAGAAUGAAAUUCAUAAUGAUGGUCUCGGAACUUGGCAAGCCGUUCAAAUGUUCGUUCGAAAAUAUGUGAUUGGGAACAAUAUAAAACCGCAAAUCACACAGAAAAAUGAUCAUAAUCUGAAGGUAAUGCGAAAUACAGUUUUUAAAAAUUAUAUUUAUUUGAUUAAUUAGGUAGUUUGCGAGCAAUUCUUGCAUCCUGGAACUGAUGGAAGAGGCGAUUUUAUGCGAAAAGUCUACACUGGUUUUGACAAUUAUGAACAUAUGAUUCCUUGGGUUGUGAUAAGUUAUGAGUGGAUGGGAAAUGCGCAUCCAUUAACAGUUUAUGAAGAAAUGGAAAAACAAUAUCAUCAGAAUACAUGGAAGGUAAUUUUUGGGGCAAAACAUUUGAAACAUAUCUUUAAACAAAAUAUUUAUCUACAUAGGAUCAUCAAGUCUGGAAAUUUGUUUCUAAAAAUUUUUCAACCAGCAUUUUCAGGCUCUGACAAUUCGAGUUUCUAUUUUCUCAAAAAAAAGUGAAAUGUGUAUUUCAAACGAUUAAAAGUAUAUUUUUAGUACAACAUCCAAAGGUUAUUGUUUUAAGAUCUUUGGACUUCUAAUGAAACUAUUUAUUAUUAAAGAUAUUUAAAACUAAUAAAGGUCGUGAGGCCCAAAUUCUUGUGAAAACCCUUUUUGUAAAUCAAUAUUUAUUUUUUUUUGUCAAUUAUCAAUGUUUUGUACCAAAAGUUUACUUGUUAUCGUUCAACAUUUAUUUUCGAAAAAAAUCGUACAACUAUUUUUAUUCAGAAAUGCGCCAACUCCCUCGAACACGCACCAAUUCUCUUCAAACACGGUUGCGAUUCACAAACAGCCAUCUCAAUUCUUCUCUCGACUGAAAAGUUCACCGAGUAAGUACUAAAAGUUCAAAAAAAGUACCCGAUCACCAAAAAACACUAUUUAAAUGCAUGUUUUUUUGAGAGUGGGCUGGACUGGGAUAAAAAAAGAAAAACAAUUUUUUUCAAAAUUAUAAUAGUUUUUUUGGAUUGAAAAAUAUAUGAACCGAGUCUUUUUCUUUAAAAAAUUCCAAUAACCAGAAAAUGAUGUUUUUGAUUUACUAGAAAAUCGUAAUAUUCAAAAUUUUGAAAAAUUUGAAUUUCAUGAUUUUCUAUUUAAUCGAACACAGUGAGUUUCAAAGCUCUCAUUCUUCGCUCUCAAAAUUUUCGAAAAAAUGUAUUUUUUCCAGGCGUUCUAAUAAAAAUCCUAAUUGUAAAUAUAAAUUUUUUAUUUAUUUUUCAGCCAUAUUUUCUAAGGAUAGGGAAUCCCUCAUGAUUUUCACAUGUUCGUUCCUUUUCAAAAAUUCCUCUCCUCUUCUCUCUUCGUUUUUUUCUUUUUCUAGGCUUAAUCCUCUUUAUCCUCAUUUUUCUCCUCCUCUUUUUCUUCUUCUUUUCAAUGUUUUUCUUUCGCCAAUCGAUUUUCCCGCUGUCGGCGCCGUUUUUUUCCCUUUUGCCUGUCCUAUCGCCCACAAAAUGCUUCUGCGUCUCCUCGAACUUUGUCACUCUCUCAUCACUUGUUCUUUCUUUCUUUCUCAUGAUUUUCUAGUCGUUUUCAUUUUUUCUCGUGUUUUUUGUCAGCUACACGUAUAUUUUUUCGCUGCGUUCUCUUUGGAACUAAUUAAAAAAUGGAGUUUUUUAGCUGAAAAUUUUGGGGAAAAAAUUCCAAUUUUUAGAGAGUGAUCCUGUCACGCGAUGUGCUGGAAUUUUAAAGUAGUGAGAGUUUUUUCUUGCAGUCCUCAAACUUUUCUCUUCAAAAUAAUAUAUUUUGUGCUGCCUGCCUCCAAUUAAUAUUCGUGUUUUUUCAUUCAAAACAAGUUGACGUCAUUUUUUUUGUGAAAUGUGGGAUGCAAAAAAUAAAGGAAGUGGAUUAUUUUUUCUCUUCUCUUCGAGAAAAAAUUACGAAAUCCCCGUUUUUCUCAAAAAUGUACAUAAAAACCUCUUUUUUCGCUUCAGUUUAUUAUUUCGAAAUAAGUAUUUAUCAAGUUGUGUGUUGAGUAAACUUAUUGAUUUUCUAUUGAACUUUGAGUUGAUCAGCUGACUUUUUUCAAUAAAAUAAGAGAGUUAGUGUUUUUUGAGUGACUAGUUGUGAGUUAGGACAGAGCAAAUUUUGGGAAUCUGCAUUUUGAAAAUUGUUCUUGGUUUUGAAAUUGCACCACUUUGACUUUUUUUGGUUCUAAUAAUGAGCUAUGACGUGGCUAAAUUGAAUUAACUGAAAUCAAAUUGAUUCUCAAGAAAAAUCAGCUUCUCAAGCGUAACCACGUCAUAACUCAAAGGCUCCAAAAACAAGAAAUCUUGUUUUGUUGGAAAAAGUCAGCUGAUCAACUCGAUUUUCAAGUGGAAAUCAAUAAAUUGAGAGUUCUAGUCAAACAUACUUCUAUUCUGUUUUUUUGUGGAGAAAGGCAAUAUUCAAUCUUAUUUUUUUUUGCAGAUAUGGCAAAUCGCUUCCAAUGUAUGUUCAAGAAUCGAUCACCUUCGUUUUGGGCGUGAAUUCUUGUGGUGGACAUCGAGCAUUGCAUUCGGAUGGAAAUGAAUGGAAAAAACCGUCGGGUGGAACACAGAAUUUUCGAGCGAUUUAUUCAAUUGCGGAUGAUUUGAGCUCGUGGAGAUUGGAAAAAACGAUGGCCAAUGAUUGUGAUAUUCAGGUUCGGGUUUUUUUUGGGAGGGAAAUUGGAAAAUUUGAAAAUAUUUUGCUAGAAUGAUUUUUGAGCUGAAAUUUCGACCAUUUUCGGGUUUUUUGGAUUCAAAACUUUUAAUUUUACGUAGAAAAUAUGAAAGAUUUUCCUAACCUGAUUCCAAAUUUUUGAUUUUUCGUUCCGAAAAGCGGAAAAUCUAACAAUUUUUCGAUAUUUUUUCAAACUUCUAAAAAGUAAUUUUUUUUUCAUUUCUCAGAAUUUCCUUUAACAAAAAAUUCCACCAAAAAUUCUUUCUAUUAUUAUCAUUUUCAUUUUUUUCAAAAUCAAAAACAAUAACACAUGUUCGAAAGAAAAAUCAGAACCUUGUGACUUUUCCACCAACAGCUGUUUCGCACUUUUUUCCAGUCAUUUUUUUUUCAAAAUUCUCUCAAUUUUCAGAUUGUCUGUCGUCGAUACCUCGGAAAAACAUCAACAGCGACAAGCGGAUUUUUGAGGAAAAUUUACUUGGUCAAAGUUAAAUCGACUUGUCCUCAACAUAUUCAAAAUGCUUUGCAAAAUACGGAAUUAUGUGUGAUUUCGUAUUCUUGGCGAGAAAAUCAAAAAGAGGCCACUUUGAUAGUUCCGACUAAUUUUGAUGAAGCAGUUGAAGAAGUUUUGAUGGUCCCAAAGUUUGAUGAAAAUAUGAGAUUUGAACAUGAUUUGCGGCUGAAAAUUGAACUGAAACGGAAGGAAAAUUUGGAGAAAUUGGCUGGAAUUCAAGCGAGAAUUGAGAGGUUGAAGUCGAGUUUGUCGAACGAGGAUUUAAUCGAAUUUCAGGAUUUGUAUGAUCUCUUGAGUUCUUGUCAUCAUUUUUGA